GAGCCAAGGCGGCGGUGGGAAGGCGGGAAAAAAGGUGUCUGCGGAAGAGGUUGUUUCGUUCACGAGCUGGUCCAGUCGGCCUCUGGACGCCGCAGAGACGGCGCCUGUGCGAGCGGGGAGCCAGCCGUCUUUGGGGAAGGAAACAUGCGGCGGUUCCGGACUUGCGUGUUCCUGCUGUUCUUCGCGGUCUCAGAGGCUGUUUACGACUACCGUGGUGCUGACAAUAGGGUCGUGGACGCAUCCGCCAGCAGCAGUACGCGCUAUCACCACCAGCCCUGGCCGCCGCCGACGGAGCGAACAGAUGCAGAAGAAGCUAACUACAUAGACAGGACGCCUCAACGCUACCUCCCAGCCCUCCACCGGCAGGGGUCGUCGCGGCGCUCCACCGCGGGGCUGUACCGCACCUGGCAGCGAGGCAGCGUCCACAUCCCGUACCGCGGCGCCGUGCUGCCGGUGCCCGUCGCCUCCGGGAGGAGCCAGCUGUACAGGGGCACCAUCACCACCACGGUGAUCGCGUCAGGAGAGUCCAACGAGAGCCAGAACUCCGUGGGCCUGCCGGCGCGGGACUCCCCCGCCGCGGGAGACGUCUGCGUGCGCUGCCCCGCCGACAAGGUGGUGGUGGCGCGCAAGGGCUCCGACCACGUGCUCAUGCAGCGGUCCAGGCUGCGGCGCUGCCGGCGCAGGCCGAAAGUACCUGGGGCCAAAUUCGAGAUACUCUACGGACCACGGUCGGGUUCUGCGCUUGCAGAAGGCGUUCAUACGGUCACGGGCAGAGCCGUUUAUAAACACACUCAGUUGUUUCAAUGCCAGUACAGCUAUACAGUCAUAGUGAGGAGGUGCGCCCCGCUGACGCCGCCGGCCCCGCUGGAGGCGCGCUGCUCCCAGGACACGGCGUGGGGGUCCGUGUGCCGCCUGUACUGCCGCCAGGACCAGCGGCUGUCCGGUCCGGACCAAGCCGAGUGCGGCGACGACCUCAAGUGGACCGCCCCGCUGCCCGUCUGCAGAGCGGAGACGGGCUGCGCGCUGCCCAUGAGCCCGGACAACGGCCGCCUGAGCUGCCAGGCGGGGCCCGGGGCUAGUGGGGCUAGUGGGGCCGACCAGCUCCCCGAGGGCAGCACCUGCCGCUACGAGUGCGACCAGGGCUUCGCCGUGCCGGCCGCCCAGGCGCACCUGGUCGUCACCUCCUGCGCCGCCGGCCAGUGGAACAGCAGCGCCGACGCCAGCUGCCUGCCCCUCGCCGAGGCCAGACACCCCGCGGAUGAUUCGUCGGAGAUCGCAGCUUUCCAGAGUGAUUCGAUUCACCACGUGGUGAGGUUGCGUCACAGGCGGUACCGCCACCCGGUGACUAAAAGCCCUGCGGCUGACGCGUGCACCCCCAGCCCGUGCCAGGGGGGAGGGACGUGUCUCACGGGACCCAGCCACGCGCCGGUGCUGUGCCUGUGUCCCGACCACAAGGAAGGAACUUGGCUAGCCGGCCAGUGCGUCAACGCACGAGAGAACAAGUCUGAAGAAUCCGCGAGCAGAAUAAGACAGGCGUCCAGCGUCUGUGCCGGAGACUGCUUGCCGCGCGGUGCUACGACGAGACCGCGAACCUCGCCUGCCCAGCUGCUAGUAGAGAAACUCUAUGUGUUCGGCCUCACUCGCCACAUUGGGUUACAGUGUUCCCACGGUCCUUUAUUGACGUGCAAACAUCUUAGCCCUUGCCCUUUUUUCCAGCAUUUGGUGGGAGUAAUUUCGCGAAAAUGGAACGGAAGACGAUGAACGGAGAUGUGACACAAACAUGGCGAACCCAAGUGUACCAACAUAAAUCUGUAUAUUUUCACUUACGUAAACAUUAGGGUACAUACCAAACGUUUUGUUUGGUGUACCAAAUGAAACUUCAUGGAGUGAAUCCACCCCGGAGUAUAUUUGAUAAACUAUAAUUGUCAUAGUAAAAGUAAUCUCAAGUUUAAACAUACCCAAGGAAAAUGGCGUUACAGAAUAUAAUAAAUACAAAUAGUCUUCUUGCAAUAUGUUAAGGGGUUCGGUAUCACAGCGAUAGAGCUCUCGCGUGUUAAGCCUUUAGGGAUGUGGUUCAAAUCUCAUCAAAGGAGUUAAAUUCAAGUUAUUAAUAAUAUUUAAUGUAAUAUUAUGUAAUAAUAGUAAUGCUGAAUCAGCUCAAUAAUGUUAAGGUUUGUUUGUAGUAAAUUUAUACAGACCAACUUCAGUCUUUUAAGCAAAAACAAAUAUUCAAACAUAUAUUUAUUGUUAUAUUUAUUUAAAAUUUUUCAUUUUAAUAUUUUAGUAAUGCCAUACAAGUAUAACUUCUAACAUUUGAGGAGAAUUUAUAGCAGUAACUGUUUAGUGAAUUUUAACAAGAUGGAUAGUAUUUUCAUAAAAUUCCUUAUCGAAAAUGAGGUCAAAAUGCAGUGUUUAGAAUUUUUUCAAAGUAUUUUUCACUUUUAUCGGAGCCGUUUCUAAUAGUUUAUAAGUCCCGUGUGUUUCGUGCUGCAGCAGAUUAUAGUUACAAUUCUACUAAUAGAUAGCGACACAAAUACCCUCAAAGUCCACGAGGAUCAUAAAAAAAAGACGAGAAUGAUUCAUCGUUUCACGAAAGGCUGCAUCAGUGUUUCUGUAAGAUACUUGCAAAUAUUAGAUAGGUCAACAAAAAUGGCUGACAUCCUUUAGUACGCACUUUUUGAUGAUCCUUUAGGCUAAAUGGGGUCUUUAAUAUCAUUUUCUGUGUUUACACAGUAGCCUACUUGCCUUGAGUUUUCCCUCAUCCGUUGAACAUUAUUUCCAGGUCCUCAUCGGUUAGUCUUUCAAGGUAACAUACGUAUUAGGAUUCACAUACUUAUUAAAAUACAUUUCCAAAACACUGAUAUGUAAAAAUAUUUAAAAAAAAAAUCACAAUUGGUGUCUGAGGCCGAGCCUUAAAUCAGCUGGAACGUGUCUUAACGGUGACUUCUAACAAAGAAAGUGUGGCCACGCCAACCUCACAGGAUGUUCUGUGACUGAGCCGACAAGCUCAAUAGUCAUGGUCUAAGUACUGGGGCCGCGGUAGCUGAGUGGCAAUGGGAUCACUCGACUCAUACCAAGGCGAUCAGGAUUUGCUUUCCAGUGAGGUAAAACCUCGAAGUGGAGAACAUGAAAAUUGUUCGCCUUUGUUUCCCGCUCAUUACCAAAAUAACAUAUAAUAUACUAGCUGCCCGAUCCGGCUUCGCACGGUUGUAUUA